CCAACACGCCUGGAGGAGCCGCUUUCGUCAUCGGCGGAGAAACCCGAGCGCUCCCGAGGAGCCGCGCGUCACUGCGCAAUGUAAACGAGGUCAGACGCUGCUGCAGCAGCAGACACACAGGCCGAGCGAGCUCCUCAGCACCGGACCACCGCUCCCUGCUUCCAGGCUCCUCACCGACACCCAGACACUUUCACCGGACCUGCUCAGGAAGCAGCGAGGACACAAAGCGGCUCAAGAUGCUGCAGUGUUUUCAGUUCAUGGUGGAGCCGGCGAAGAUCUUUACGGCCAAGAUCAAGGAAUCUCACAAGAGAGCGAAGAAGGAGAAGAGGGAGCCUCUGGAUGAGGAUCAGCUGUUUGUCGUGGAUCUGGCUAGAGACCUGAGCCGAGUGUGCCAGAGAUCAGCGAUCCUGGAGAACAUCUGGAACCAGGAUGACGUGUGGCCGAACUCCCUCUGCAGGGUCUUCGUCGUACAGUGGGCCUCCAUGCUGGAGAGCAAGAAGAGGCCCAUGCAGACCGACGGCUGGCCAGAGAUGGACGAGGAACCACAGCCUGACAUGAUCCACGAAGAGGACCUGCUGCAGGCCAAAGCUCUGCUCCUCAACUGGAUCAAAGAUCUGAGAGCUCAGCCCGAGCAAAGCGUUUGGCCUGGAGAGCCGGUGGCGAAGCUCCUGGAGGACCUGCAGUCGGCCUGGCGCUGGGGCCGCGUCCCCAACCUGGUGACCGCCAUGGAGCUGGUUAUGUGGACUUUAAUGGUGCAGCGACCCGACAAGGAUAUGAUCCCACAGCAGUGGCUCCUGUGGAAGCAGAAGACUCAGAAGAUCGGUGCUAUAUCCUACAUUCCUCAGCCAGUGUGGGACUGGAUCUCAGAUGCUGCAGUCGAGGUGACCCUGGAUCUGGACACCGCCAACCCCGACCUGCUCAUCACCGACGACAAGAAGAUGCGCUGCGGCUUCAAGAGGAAAGACGUUCCCAACUACCACCAGCGCUUCGACGGGUGGUGGUGCGCCGUGGGCGUGGAGGGCUUCGGCUCCGGGCGCCACUACUGGGAGGUGGAGGUGGGCGAGCGGGACUGGCGCCUGGGCGUGGCCAAGGAGUCGGCCCUGAGGAAGGGCUUCAAGUCCCUGAACACGGAUACGGGCUACCUGACGCUGCGGCUGGAGAGAGGCACCGAGCUGAAGGCGCUGACGGUGCCGUUCACCGCGCUGCCGCCCGGCCUCAUCCCCCGCAAGGUGGGCAUUUACCUCGACUACCACAACGGGCAGCUGUCCUUCUACGACGUCGACAAGCACCGCCACAUUUACACCUACAACGAGAGCUUCGCAGAGAAGCUGUUCCCCUUGUUCGGCACCGUGGAGAUCGUCAAGGAUCUGGUGAUCAGGUCUCCAGCGCCUAAGAGCCAGUGUCUGUGCUCCACCUCCUGCCUCCGGGGUUGAGGCUCCUCCAUCAGCUCCCCCCUUUAAAAUCCAUCGUAAUAACCUAAAAAUCACUGAGAGGAAUCCUGCUGUAAAUGACCAUCAGUGUGCUAUGAAUAGCUCCACCAUGUGACCCCUCUGAAUGCUGCUGCUGCUGCUGCUUUAACGUGAUCGUUGCUCUCACUGUAGAGUCCCAGCUCUUCCCUUUACUCACACAUACACAAGGUAUUUUCAUAUAUUGAAAAAGGAAACCUGUAGUGUUGCUGUUAGGAACUGUGCAAUAUUAAACCUGCAUUGAGAAUGCACUCAUGUGAAUAAACUUAAAUCAUGCAAUAA